AUGGAUUACAAAAUGGUCGUGACUUGCGGUAAACCAUUGAAAACAUCAGAUAGUACUGUGUUAACAAUUUCUUGGGACGAAUGUGUAAAUGAGUGUUGGAAUGAUCCGAAUUGUGUGCUAGUCUAUGACACCUCCCCCACUUGCAAUUACUACAGUAUCGAACAAAUUACGACGGUCCAGAAGCUCACAGCCUCUAGCAAAAGCAGAGUAGCUUUUCGCCUCCUCUCUAGGAAUAAAACAUGUACUGACGAUAAAGAAGAACCAAUUCUGAAAAACGGAACUGUUCAGAGUGACGUCCAACGAGACGCCAGUGCCUAUACCUUCAAUCAAUACCUUCCUAUCAACAUCACAUUGAAAAAUAAUGUUUGGACAUUUACUCAAAGGAGUGAACCAUUCACUUGUUUCCCAAGAAUGGAACCAAUAAGAAGAGGCGGAGCGAUUUGGUGUAUGCAGGUUGGAACUAGCGGUUCUUGUAUGAACCGAACAUUUGCCAACCAAAUGUGCAAGGCUAGUUUUCAACAACCCUUGGCAGGCCCUGCCAAUGCAGCGGAAUACCAAUAUCUAGAAACAAUGGCAAAUAGUUACUUGAGCAACUUUGUUGAUCCUAAUGCACUAAACCCUACACUCAAAUGGCUGGCUGGUCAACCAGACGGUCUGCCACAAAAAACAAAUGCUGACUGUGUGUACUACUUUGCCAGAAAUAAUUCCCAAUCAGGAAUCGACGACAUGCUGUGCCAAAAUGCAGUGUUUUCUCAUCAGAAUAUUUGUAUGGUUGGAUAUUACUGUGGAAGUCGACUAGGGCCGGAUACUUGGACCUAA